GCCGGGAGGGGGAGGAGAACUGACGUCAGCGGGAGAGUAUUAUGGUCUGUCGUGCGCUGGCUGCUGCUUUUCUGCUCCUGGAAGCGGCCAAGAGGGGAAGCGGCGAGUCAACAUGGAGCUUUCAGCGGUGGGGGAGCGGGUGUUCGCGGCCGAAGCCCUCCUGAAGCGGCGCAUACGGAAAGGACGCAUGGAAUACCUCGUGAAAUGGAAAGGAUGGUCGCAGAAGUACAGCACAUGGGAACCGGAGGAAAACAUCCUGGAUGCUCGCUUGCUGGCGGCCUUUGAGGAAAGGGAAAGAGAGAUGGAGCUCUAUGGCCCCAAAAAGCGAGGACCCAAGCCCAAAACCUUCCUCCUCAAGGCUCAGGCCAAGGCAAAGGCCAAAACUUACGAGUUUCGAAGUGACUCAGCCAGGGGUAUCCGGAUCCCCUACCCCGGCCGCUCGCCCCAGGACCUGGCUUCCACUUCCCGGGCCCGGGAGGGCCUUCGAAACAUGGGUUUGUCCCCGCCAGCAAGCAGCACCAGCACCAGCAGCACCUGCCGCACAGAGCCCCCUCGGGACCGGGAUCGGGACCGGGACCGGGAGCGGGAUCGAGAAAGGGAGAGGGAGCGAGAGAGGGAGCGGGAACGUGAGAGGGAACGAGAGCGGGGUACCAGCCGAGUGGAUGACAAGCCCAGCUCGCCGGGGGACAGCUCUAAGAAGCGAGGCCCCAAGCCGCGGAAGGAGCUCCCGGACCCCUCACAGAGGCCCUUAGGCGAACCCAGCGCCGGCCUCGGAGAGUACCUCAAGGGCAGGAAGCUGGACGACACCCCUUCCGGGGCAGGAAAGUUUCCAGCUGGCCACAGCGUGAUCCAGCUGGCCCGAAGGCAGGACUCGGACCUGGUGCAGUGUGGUGUGACCAGCCCUAGCUCAGCUGAGGCCACGGGCAAGCUGGCUGUGGACACCUUCCCUGCCAGGGUGAUAAAGCACAGGGCUGCCUUCCUGGAGGCCAAAGGCCAGGGUGCCCUGGAUCCCAGUGGUGCCCGGGUCCGACAUGGCUCAGGCCCCCCCAGCUCUGUGGGGGGCCUCUACCGGGACAUGGGGGCCCAGGGGGGAAGGCCCUCCCUCAUCGCCAGGAUCCCUGUGGCCAGAAUCCUGGGGGACCCGGAGGAAGAGUCCUGGAGCCCCUCCCUGACUAACCUGGAGAAGGUGGUGGUCACGGACGUGACCUCAAACUUUUUGACCGUCACCAUUAAGGAAAGUAACACGGACCAAGGCUUUUUUAAAGAGAAAAGAUGAAUGCUGGGUGGGUGUGCCCAGAAUGAGAGCAGGGGAGAGAGUGAGCGUGAGCUUGGCAUAGUGAUUUUUAUUUCUGGGUGGGAUGUGGCCUUUUGGCUGGUCCUAUCCCUGAUGUGACCCCCACCCCCACCAGCCCCUUUCAUCCCUCCUUCCUCCCCGUCAGUUUUUGUUGGAAAGAUUAUCUCUAGAGUUAUAUUUUCUAUUAGAUGUAAAUAUGUUAUUUAAGAAAAAUAUCUAAAUAUAUAUAUUUCAACUCUUGAAGUUGUUUUAUUUAAAGGAGAGAGACUCUCAUGGUGCUUUAGUUGGGGCAGGCAAAUGAGCUGGGGCAGGAGGGGCCCCCUUGCCCCAGGGCUCUAGGGAAGUUGGGGCCUGGGUACAGGUUUCUGAGAGUGUCUGGAGGGGCUUGGCCUGCCCACCCCACCCCUCCUUCCUUCUCCCACAGCCCAAUGCCAGACUCCUGGCACCAAGGCCCGGCCCAGAUUUGCUCUCUCUUCCCAUUGGCCAGGCAGUCCAACAAAAGGUUGGCUCCCCAAUCAGAAAAAAGGGGGGGUGGGGUCAGUUUUCCUUUUUUCACUUUUUUUUUUUUUUUUUAAGGUAAAGAAGUCUAUUAGGGAAAAACAGUAUUAACUUGAAUAAGCUUUUCGUGUGUGAUGUUGAAGGUUAAAACGUCCCCAGCAGGCAAGGGACAGGAGAUUUCUCCCCAGGACCACACCAGGAAAUGCACUUUAGGGAGGGGUGUGUGUGUGGUACACGCAGAUCGUGUGUAUGUCAUGUGGAUAAAACUCCCCGUUCCCUCGUUCCUUUCCUUACUCCG